AAAAAGCAGACUUGCAAUUGGCGAGGUUUGAAUGUAUUUGACUUCGUCACAUGACAGCUCGCAUAUCUGUCAAGUCAGAAACGUAAACAAACACGGACAACCGCCCGUAAAGAUUGUGUGCAGAAUAAUCGUGAAAUUUUAUGUGAAAUCUCGAGAAAAGGAAAAACAUCAUUUCAUCCCGAAAUUUGGCAACAUUCGUCCGAGUAUGAUCGAGCAGCUGUGUGUGUGUAUGCCGACGAAAUACGACGCCGUUUCUACAACAAUCACUAAAGCCGGCUGUGAUCGUGAUCGGCACAUUCUCAACUGGACCAACACACCGGUCGUUGUGUAUCUUCAAGCAAACCAACGUUGCCAUACCCCACAAAAUAGCAUGGAAAGGACAUUGGAUCACCGCAUCGACAAGUGGUUUUUAUGUGCAAGUGUUGUUAAGAAGUGUGUUGUACGGUGUAUUAUGUGUUUUACUUUAUUUGUAUCGCUUUGCAAGUGGUACAAUUAGUGCGUUUAAUCGUUGUGCUACUGCUAACGAAAAAACGACCCGAGCAUUAGAAGCGGCAACAAUACAUGUGCCUGACGCAGAGACAACAACGCCGUCAGCAUCAGUUGAUACCAUCCAAAGUGAUGGUUGAAAUCGUAUAUAAACGUGUAAAACCAUAUAUUGCGGCAUAUAAGUAUUGAAUAAUAGUUAAAUAAAAUACAUUUAAUCGUAGUACUGGACAAU